AUGGGAUCAAGAGAAAGAAGUCGGAGCAGUUCCGCACAUUCACUCAACGGAGGCUCAACAACGCUGCUGCUGCUGCUGUCAAAGUCAACAACUAAUGGGAAUGGGAAAAGUCAAAACAAGAAGCGAAAGUCAACUGAUGUCAACGGCUCAGCAAAGAGGAAGUCAACCCGUUUGGCAAAACUAGAGCUGAAUAAUACUCCCAAGCUAUCCGCCAGUCCAUACAUUAAGGAACAAGACAAGGUUGACGUGAUAUCCGACAGUGAGCCAUCGCUGAUCUCGUCGGGUCUGGAUACCAAAUUUACUGAGCCAGAGCUUGCACCACCUACACCUAGUUAUACGGGACUACCGUUGGAAGAGUUCCCCUCUGCAAAGAUAAAGAAGGAAUCACUCUGGCCACAGAAGUUUAAACGAGGUAAGAAUAAUGUACUGGAUACGUCGCGAGAAGUUUCACAAGCUCCUGACGAAAACAAGGAGGAAAAAAUGGAAGAGUUCUAUAGGUCACAAUUGAAGACGCCAGUUACACAAGGCAUCACUAACGAAAGUGAAGUUCGAACACCUUCGUCAGGGAAACUGCGAGCGUCGAAAAUAUCCAAGUUGAAAUUAACAGUGCUGACUCCGAAGCAACCAAUCAACAGAAAACUGAGCAACAAGACACCAAAAAGUGCACUCAAGAAAUUGAAAUUCACAUCACCAAAAAAGUCGCCGAGUACCAAACUACUAGCGCCUGAUACAAAAAUUAAAAAUGAAGCACAUCAUGAGGAAGAUACACAUAAAGACAAUGACGAUUUCUGCUUUGCUUGUGGACGUCCCGGUAUUUUUAUAUGUUGUGAAUCCUGUCCUAAAUCGUUUCAUUUUACAUGUUGUGAUCCACCGAUUGAGGAACCACCGGAAGAUGACUGGUAUUGUCAUGAAUGUUUUGCAAAGAAUCACCCUCAUUUGAUACCCAAUUGGAGAGAUAUAGGGAUAUUUGGAAAAUUGUUGAACGAUUUAGAAGUCCGCAAUCCGAAGGUGUUUCAACUUCCAAAGCAGUUGAGAGAUGAUACAUUCGUUGGUGUAUAUACUGGAGAAAAUGGCGAUUAUGCCGAUGACACAGAAAAACCCGAUUUGCCCACAAGUAAAAGAAAUGGGCAACAAAUACCUGGAUGCAAUAGAAAUGAAGACUUGGAAAUUGAUAGUUUAUAUGAUGAGAUGGGGUACCCAUACUUGUGUCACAAAUGCGGAGAAUCGGGUCAAAACCACAGGACAUUGAUUAAAUGCGACUAUUGCCCCAUUGUUUACCAUGUUGACUGUCUUCCGUACCCAAUGUUUGGUCCGAAAACGAUUGGAGAUAAAUGGAGGUGCCCUAACCAUAUCAAGGAUUUGUUGCCAAAGGGGCUACCAGAAUUAAGACAGUUUAAGGACACGGAAGUUUUGGAGAGCUCAUUGCAUAGCAAUUUCAUAAAGAUAUUAGCGACAGAGAGUUUAGUUGUCAAGUUUGAUACUGAUCAGUACCUCAAAGAUAACUCAAAGCACACAUUAGACGAGUUUGACAUUUAUCCUGAUGAUCUCAGCAAAACGCAAGUGCUUUCCUCUUGGGGGGAUGACAUGGAUGCAAUCCAUCCCAAGUACAAAGUUCCAGCUUACUUCCAGGCAGAGUCUACACGUGAUGGUGUUGCAGCGACAAUGCGUGCCAAAGUCGAGGCGAUACCAAAAUCAGGCUCUGAAAAUCUAACCACAUAUCGAAUACCAGAGAGGCUGAUACUAGUCGAUUUCGUUCAAAAAGUUCAUCGCAAAAAUGACAUUUUAACCCUGAACGAGGAAUACGAAUAUGCCAAAAGGUUGGAAGAAAACCCAAGGGAGUUAGAAGCCGCAAGUGGAUUGCAAUCCAUAAAAGAGCGACAGAAACAGUUAAACUUGGAUGCAUUACUCAAAGUGGUAAAUCUAGAAGAGCCUAUAAAAUCACAGAAAUUGACAACCACCGAGAUUGAUGAGUUGUUGAAAAUCAAGAAAUUGAUGGAAGCUAAAGGGCAAGAUGCCUUGCUUAACUUUUUGAAAUCUGGUGAACAUUGA